AUGGCUGCGGGCUUGAUAUUGGAGUUAAAAACGGGAAAGUGGUUGGCGUACGCGGCAGCGCUACAGAUCGGGUCAAUAAAGGACGUCUUGGGCCGAAAGGUCUGCAUGGUCAAGGAAGUUCAGUCUCGUUUGACGAACCACGGCAUAGCGUUCUAUACCAGCGGGCAGCUAUUUCUGGAGGAAUACUAUGUUCUUGCGAUGGUUGGAAAGGCAGGACUGAACACUUUGCACAUGGACGGUAAUACGCGGCUCUGCACAGCUACUGCCGCGGCGGCGAUGAGGGAAUCAUUUGGCUGCGAUGGACAACCCGGCUCGUAUUCCGAUAUUGAUUGCACUGGCUGCUUGUUCCUUGUGGGGCACAAUCCGUCCGCGACCCAGACGGUUCUCUGGUCAAGAAUGCUUGACCGCCUGGAUGGCCCUAAUCCGCCAAAGCUAAUAGUCGUAGAUCCGAGAACAUCGGACACGGCGAAAAGGGCGACUGUUCAUCUGAAGCCCAAGGUUGGAACGAACCUUGCCCUGCUCAAUGGAAUUCAACACCUCCUGUUCAAAAACGGUUGGAUAAAUAAAUCCUAUGUUGAAACGCAUGUUAUUGGACUCGAGGACUUGAAACAAGUGGUUUCAAAAUACACCCCUGAGAUUGUCGAGCAGAUAACUGGUAUCCCGCCACUGGAGCUUCAAAAGGCAGCGGAGAUUAUAGGGACAGCUGAGAGUCUGGUAUCCACCGCGCUGCAAGGCGUGUACCAGUCAAACCAGGCCACCGCGAGUGCUUGUCAAAUCAACAAUAUCAACCUCCUACUUGGCCAUAUCGGAAAGGCCGGCAGUGGUGUGCUGCAAAUGAAUGGACAGCCAACCGCGCAAAACAACCGCGAAGCAGGAUGUGAUGGGGAAUACCCAGGCUUCCGAAACUUCCAAAACCCAAAGCACAUGCAAGAAACAGCAGAUGUGUGGAAUAUUGAGUUUAUGAAGAUGCCUCACUGGAACCAGCCAACUCACAUUGAGAACAUGCUAAAUUUCAUUGCUAAUGGGUCUAUCGAGGUAUUUUGGAUAUCCGGUACGAACCCGCUUGUCAGUCUUCCGAAUCUGGGUAAAGUCAGAGAUGUACUCACCCAGCCGAAUUUAUUUAUCAUUUGUCAAGAUAUAUAUCCCACUGAGACGACUGCUAUUGCAGAUGUCGUGCUGCCCGCCGCACAGUGGGGCGAGAAGUCAGGCUGUUUCACAAAUGUAGACAGGACCGUGCAUCUGUCCCGUAAAGCCGUUGAACCUCCUGGCGAAGCGAAAUCGGACUUGGAAAUAUUCAUCGACUUUGCAAGACGAAUGAAAUUUACAGACAAGGACGGAAAUGUGUUGAUUCCUUGGUCUACGUCGAAAGAAGUCUUUGAAGCCUGGAAGAAAAUGUCGAAAGGCCGCCCAUGCGAUUAUAGCGGGUUAACUUAUCAAAAGCUAACGUCUGGCAUCCAGUGGCCAUGCAAUGCGGAGUAUCCCUAUGGCCGCGAACGUCUCUACGACGACGGAAAGUUUUUCACCGACGCAGAGUACUGUGAGAGCUAUGGCCAUGAUUUGGAGACUGGAGCUCCCCUGACGAGAGUGCAAUACGACGCCUUGAACCCAGCGGGUAGGGCGAUUCUGAAAUCCGCACACUAUAAGCCUGCUUUAGAGGAACCGGAUGCAGAGUACCCGUUGAAAUUAACCACUGGACGGAACGUGCAUCAUUUCCAUACCAGGACAAAAACAGGCAGAACCAAACUUCAACAAGCCUGUCCAGAACCGGUGGUGCAAAUAUCAGAAACUGAUGCGAAGGCUGCUGGCAUCCAGGAUGGGGAAUACGUAGUGGUGAAAUCGAGACGAGGUGCAGUCGAAAUGAAGUGUUCGGUUGGGAGCAUUGAAGCUGGGCAGGCUUUUAUUCCUUUUCAUUUUGGUUAUUUCGAUUCCAAGGAUGGACGAGCUAGGGCAGCGAAUGAAUUGACAACUGAACAAUGGGACCCAAUUUCAAAACAGCCAACAUUCAAAUCAGGGGCCAUUCGCAUAGAGAAAUGCGCGGAUGAAUUCGGAGUAGUCAAAAUCCAUGCUCGGGAAAAUCACACUUCCACUGUUAGGCAUGCCGAGGACGUCAAGCGGGAAGCAGUGGGAAGGAAACCAGCGUCUGGCAACGUGCGACGACUGGAGCUUUGGCUCGGGGCAACUCAUGACACUCUGGAAGGCCUAGCCACCAUAUACAACGACUUAAUCCCCAAGUUGGUUCAUGAUAUGGAGAUCCACGCUGGGCUUCGUGUCAUGAACCGCAUAACACACGAUAUGCUCGAUGCACUGACGCCCCACAUGGAUAAGUACCACGAAAGUCACCAAUAUGGGCACCCUGCGGCUCGCCAUCUUCGAGAAACGACCUUUGCCGAUUGGUCAGAAAGCUUGGAUCCGCUUGAAGCGCUGAACGCCCUCGUCCAUUUGCGUAUGUAUAUGAGUUACAUCGAAGGCCAUCUAAUUGCUUUGGGCCCUGCGAGUCAAGCAAUUUGGGAUAAGCCGUUUAAUGAGGCGGUUCUGUUCGCACAAAAGGAGUUGGGAAGGCAGCAGGCUUGGGUUGCACAGCACAUCAAAGUCAAGAGCCCUCAAACACUUUUAGUACCGAUGGUGCCAAAGGCUGACCUGCAGGAAACUGCGUAUUCGAGGGAGUAA